AUGCAACUUAACAUUCCCGAUAAUUUUUUAUUUGCGAUUUUCAUUGCCGUAAUCGCGCUCUAUGAAGCAUACAAUCGGGACGUAAUAACAAUGGGAAUGAUUUUUUCCGUCAUUCCCGAAAAUACAAUAAUCUAUGUAAUUAUCGCCGUAGCUAUUUUAGUCCUCAACAAUGAAAUCAUUAGAAUGCGCACAGAGGCAGAAUGGAAAAGUGAAGCCCGAAGACAAGCAUCCGUGCAAAGUCACAGAACUGAAUAUUCUAGUGAAACAGAAACUCUUUGGGUCGAAUUUACGGCCAUAUUUAACGAGAGAAGAAAAAGAGAAAAACGUUCUCUCACGAAAAUGUACAAUGUCCUGUCCGAAGAAAUAGACCUCAGCCCAUCCACACUCGCAAAAUUCUAA